AUGGGUUGCGCUACUUCUCGCUCAUCCCCACCAUUAUUCACCACCACCGCCACCACCACCGUUGACCAUCAAAAUCCACCACCUAAAUUCUCUAAUUCUUCACCCUCACCACUCAAUUUCAGCCCCACCUUCUCAUAUUACCAUUACACUACCUCUAACUCCUCCAAUUCAACACGCACCCCUGCUUCUCGAACCAUGUCUCUACCCACCCCUUUAAUCCACCACCCACCCCAUUUUAACGGCGAAUCCAACCACAUCGUUUCCCUCACCUCCACCACCUACGGCUCCCUCUCCGCCAUUGACGCCACCACCGACGAUUUCAAAACCCUAGAUCAAUCCCCUGCUUCCCAUGUGUUGUCUCCGGACUCUGUUAUCAACACAUGGGAGCUUUUGGAAGGUUUAGAUGAAGAGUUUGACAUUAUUAAUGUUGAACAUAAAACACAUUUGAAGAAAUAUAUACAUACAGAUACAGAUAAAGAUAAGCCAUAUGUCUCAUUUGGUUUGGGUGGUCCGUACGAAUUGGUUGAGUAUUCAGAAGUUAAACACGCACCCUUGUGGAAGCAUUUAUCUGGGAAGUCCUUGUUAUCGAAAAUGGAUGAUAAUUUAAUAUCCAGUUACAACAAAGUGGUUUCGUCUAAGCGGUUAGGCGAACAUAAGUUGAGUUUAGGCUGUUUGGCAACUCACUUUAAUUCGAAAGGGGUUUGUAGUUUACCGGGGGGUUGUGAAUACCAAGUCGUGUUGUUUUACACGAGUUUGAGAGGGAUUAGGAAAACGUACAAAGAUUGUUGCGAAAUUCGGUUGAUUUUGCAAGGGUUUCGGGUAUUUGUGGAUGAAAGGGAUAUAUCGAUGGAUUCGAGUUAUAAAAAGGAGCUGCAGGGUGUGUUUGAGGGGAAAGGGUUUAGUUUGCCACAAUUGUUUGUUAGGGGGGAACAUAUUGGUGGUGCGGAUGAGAUCAAACGGCUUCAUGAAGAGGGGAAGUUGUUUGAUUUGAUGAAAGGGUUUCCGGUGAUGGAUCCGGGGUUUGUUUGUAGGAAUUGUGGGGUUGUGAGAUUUGUACCGUGAACGAAUUGUAGUGGGAGUAUGAAGGUGUUUGAGGAGGAUGGGUUGAUCAGGAGACAAGAACGAUUGGAUAUUUUUACAGUUUGUGCAUAUGCAGAAUGCAUCAGCAACAGAGUAUGUCUUUCUAACGCGUCUCGCCUGGCUAUUAAGCAAGCUGCUAUUGCAAUUGUCAUGGAUGUAGAUGCCACCUUGGGGAAGAAAAAAGUUGCAGAGCAGAUGGGUUUUUCAUGGUCUACAUUGACCUUUUGA